AUGGGUUGUUGUAAAUACUUUCCAAACGGAUGUUGCUCCUCAAAAACUUUCGAAAAUCCAUCUUAUUAAGUGAUUCCUAAAGAAACUUCGGAAUAGUUCUAAAAUGAAUUCAUACAAAGUAUUAUAAAUCUUAAUGUCAAUGGUAAUAUUGAAAGAGAAUAGGAAAUAAGUUUUCCAAUAAAGAAUUCAUCAAAUACGAAAGAUAUUACUGAUGUUGAAAUUAAAUAAGAAUAUAUGAAGACUAGUUCUAAAUAAUGGAACAUUAAACAAACUAUGUUUGUAAGAGUCAAUUCUAAAAAAAACAUUAAUGAUUCAUAUUUGAUAAAGGAAAUGAUUGGAUAAGGAGGAUUUGGUAAAGUCUAUAAAGUCGUUCAUAAAUAAACUGGAAUGAUAAGGGCUGUGAAAAUGAUAUUGAAGGAGAAGAUGAAGCAAGAGGAUGAAGAACGGUUAUUGGAGGAGACUGCUAUUUUGAUGGAUAUAGAUCAUCCAAAUAUAGUAAAAUUAUAUGAGAUAUUUUCCGAUAAAUAUAGUUAUUAUUUGGUUAGUGAAUAUUGUGAAGGGGGAGAGUUAUUUGAAAAAAUUAAACUUGUUUCAAUAUUAACAGAGAAAGAGAUUGCCAAUUUUAUGAAAUAAAUACUAUCAGCUGUGUCUUAUUGCCAUUAAAAAGGAAUUGUCCAUAGAGAUUUAAAACCAGAAAACAUUCUAUUUGAUUAAAAGCACAGCCAAGCCUCAAUUAAAAUUAUUGAUUUUGGUGCUAGUGCUAAGCUAUAGAACUGUGAGAAACUCCAAAAACGAAUUGGAACACCUUUCUAUGUUGCCCCUGAAGUGCUUGAUGCCAACUAUGACGAAAAAUGUGACAUUUGGUCACUUGGAGUAAUAUUAUAUAUACUCUUGAGUGGGUAUCCUCCUUUUAUGGGAGCAAAUGAAUAAGAGGUCUUGAUAAAAGUAAAAAAAGGGGAAUAUUCAUUUGAUCCAACCGAUUGGGGCAAAGUUUCAAAUUCCGGAAAAGAUUUAAUUCGAAGGAUGCUAAUGUAUAAUCCCACAAAUAGGAUUUCAGCUGCUGAUGCCUUAAAUCAUGAAUGGAUCAAAAAUAAUAAAUCAAAAGGAUAAAUUAACAGUUUAACUCUCAGUAAAUUAUAAGAUUUUGAUUCAAAAAAUAAAUUAAAAUAUGCAAUCUUUUAGUUUAUCACUGUUCAAGUAGUUACAAACCAAGAAAAAACCGAUUUGCUCAAGAUAUUUCAAGAAAUAGAUAAAAAUGGAGAUGGAACUGUCAGUAAGGACGAACUGUAUUAGGCCUAUUUAAAAAUUCAUAAAGGAGAUAAAUUAGCAGCUGAGACUAUUGUAGAAGAAUUAUUUCCCCAAUUAGAUGCAAAUGGUUCUGGGAUAGUAGACUUUAGUGAGUUUAUCACUGCCACAAUAAACAAGGAGAAAUCACUAAGUAGAUAUAGAAUUGAAUAAUCUUUUAAAUUAUUUGAUUUGGAUUAAAAUGGGUUGAUUACAAAGCAAGAAUUGAAUGAGCUAUUCGAUGAAGAAAUAGAUGAAUAAAUGUGGUAAGAAAUCUUAGAUUAAUGUGAUACUGAUAAUGAUGGAAUGAUAAAUCUUAACGAAUUUAUCCAUUUGCUGGAGAAUAAAAUAUCAAAAAAUCCAAUAUUUUUAAAAUGA